CAUGGCAAGAGCACGGACGAGCAGAGAGAAUGAGAGAUAGAGGAAAGUCCAUUCUGCCCUCCGUCGCUCUAGGGGAGGCGGUCAGACAUUGGACGUGGAAAGGGGAACAGUGAGGGCGUAUACGUAAUUUCAGUCACUACCCUGCAGGCCGAGGCUGCGAGCCCGAGCUGCCAGCCUUGUGCUGUUCUGCAUCGUCCGACGAGGCCGACCUGUGACUGCACACGCGCAGAAAAGAGGAAACAGAACGUGCCUUUUCCGGAAAAGCCCCCCGAAAUAUUCUCGCCUCCUGCACACGCGCGGUGGAAGAAAAAAUCGCGACGCCCCUCACCGCAGCCGAUGAAUUACAGCGAGUGAGGGAGGCGACCGUUGCCUUUCGCCUUAAACUAUCCUGUCCCCCCGCGCCGCUCCAACGCCCGACAGGCGGCGACACGGCUGGUGGAUUGAGCCAGCCGGCGCGCGGCGAUCUCGUCUUCCAGACUCCAGGAGUUGAUCUGAUUGAGCGGCCUUUCUUGGACUCUGCCGUUACCGAUUCGGUCUACGCGGCGAAGUUUGGAGAAAAGGAGCGGUUUUGUCGUACUUUAUUUGGCUCUUCACGCGGAUUUGACUCAGGAAAUUGGUUUUGUUUAUCUCGGGUUGAAGUAGAUUUGGUCAAAGUCAGACCGACGUAAGAGGAAUUCUUCAGCGGUCUCGAUUUGGUUUGGAUCCGAAAGAUUUUAAUUGGCUACACGAAAGGGAGGAAGGCCCGGUCAUUGAAUUGCCUGCUGCUAAAUUUUGCGCUGUUUGAUCCAGCGGCGGAGCCACGUUAUGGCCCGUGGUGGGUGCAUAGGCACCCGAUCCAAAAACACUGUUAAUAAUGGAUAGCAUAAACAGUAAUUUGCUGUUUAUAUAAUAAAUAGUAAGAGGCCGUGCACCCUGGUUUGGCUACUGGCUCCUGGUUUGAUCCCAGUUGGAUCAAAGGAGAGUUUAGUUCAGCGUACCAUCCCAAGAGUAGGACAGUAAGAGAGUGACCAAAUUGUUGGAGUUCUGCUGAGAAAUGUUCAAUCGUGUUGUUUGAGCCCAUUUGUUCCAAAUUUUUGGUUUUUAGGGGCUACAAGAGAGUACCAAGGAGGAAGGGAUCAGGACUCGGGAGUAGCCGAGGAGCUUUGAUCCGUGCCUCCAUUGUCGGUGGAAUCAAAGACUACGACCGGAGGAAAAUGGGGGUGAUGUCGCGGCGGGUGCUGCCCGCCUGCAGCAGCCUCUGCUUCUUCUGCCCCUCGCUGCGGGCGCGCUCCCGUCAGCCCGUCAAGCGGUACAAGAAGAUCAUAGCAGAGAUCUAUCAGCUGCCACCGGAUGGUGAACCGAAUGAUAGAAGGAUUGGGAAACUCUGCGAUUAUGUCUCGAGAAAUCCAGCACGCAUACCAAAGAUCACAGAGUAUCUUGAGCUGAGAUUUUAUAAAGAACUGAGGCAUGAGAAUUUCACUUUGGUCAAAGUUGUGCCAUGCAUCUAUCGGAAACUUCUAUGUUCAUGCAAGGAGCACAGGCCAUUGCUAGCCACAAGCUCAUUAAUCAUCAUCCGCACUCUUCUUGAUCAGAAAGCUCAUGAUGAGUUGCGGGUCCUGGGUUGUCUAAUGCUUGUCGACUUUCUAAAUGGCCAGGUCGACAGCACACAUAUGUUUAAUUUAGAAGGUUUCAUACCAAAACUUUGCCAAAUUGGUCAAGAGCUAAGGGAAGAUGACAAAGGGCUCUGUCUUCGAUCUGCUGCACUUCAGGCUCUUGCUUCUAUGGUCCAAUACAUGGGUGAUCACUCGCAUAUUUCAAUGGAACUUGAUGAUGUUGCCUCAGUGAUCAUAAGUUGUUAUGAGGCUAAUCAAACUCUCUCAAUAAAAGAGGUUGUCAGACUUCAAGAUGACGAUGAUUUGGUCAUACAUGGGAGCUUGGCAGUGUUACCAGUGUCUGGGCAAAAUUGUGCCAAAGUGGCAUCUGAUACAAUGGCUACAUCUGAAAAUCCAGCUCAUUGGUCAAGAGUAUGCUUACGUAAUAUGGCUAAUAUUGCAAAGGAGGCAACGAUAGUACGGCGCGUUCUUGAUCCUCUUUUCCGCGUUUUUGAUAGCCAUGACUAUUGGUCUCCUGAAAAUGGGAUUGCCCUUUCUGUUCUACAAGAAAUGCAGAAACUGAUGGACAAAUCAGGGCAAAAUGGACAUCUGCUGUUAUCUUUCACUAUAAAGCACAUAGAUCAUAAGAGUGUUGCCAAGAAACUUGUCAAGCAAAUCAGCAUUGUAAAAGUUGCCUCACAUCUUGCGAAACAUGCAAAGUUAAAGGCAUCAGUGACAAUAGCAAGUGCGAUCAGUGGCUUAAUAAAACACUUACGCAAAUGUAUGCAUUUUGCUAUUGAAGCAUCAAAUGCUCAUGCUGAUGUUGACAAGUGGAACAAUGCACUUCAUGUGGCCUUGGAGGAGUGCCUAGUGCAAUUGACAGAAAAGGUUGGGGAUGUUGGGCCUAUUCUUGACAUGGUUGGUGUAAUGCUUGAGAAUCUCUCUCAUUCUUCUACCCUCUCAAGAACAACAAUUUCAUCUGUUUAUCGCACAACACAAAUAGCAGCUUCUGUCUACAAGUCAUCAUACAAUCAGAAGGAAUUUCCUGAAGCUUUGUUUCACCAGCUUCUCAUAGCAAUGAUGCACCCAGACAAUAAGACAAGAAUUGGCUCGCAUCGUGUUCUGUCCACCAUUGUUGCACCUUCACUGCUCUGUCCAUGGUCAGCCAUGAGCUUUCCUAUCCCAAUGAAGGACAAUGGUUCGCAGAGUUUACUUUUGUUGGCCCUCUCAGCUUUCUCUUCUGAGACUAUAGUCAAUGAAAUGGGGACCAAGAACAGGAUCCAGGAAUCCUUGCAGAUAAACGAGAAAUCAGAAGCUCUAGUCAGUACUGAGAAUGGAUACACACAUACAGAACCAAAUACAAGGCAGUGUCCUGGGAACCCAUAUCUUGCAUCAUUCGAUAACCAGAACCUAAAGUUUAUGAAGUUGAACAGCAACCAGAUUGUUCUUCUUCUUUCAUCUAUUUGGAGCCAAGCAUUCCUGGAGGAUAACUCACCUGCAAAUUUUGAAGCAAUGGGCCAUACCUACAGCAUUGCUUUGUUGUGUUCGAAAGCAAAAAGCUCCAGUCAUGUGGCACUAGUUCGCUGUUUCCAGUUGGCAUUCUCUCUAAGGAGGAACUCCCUUGGCCAAGAAGAUGAUUUGCAGCCAUCUCGUAGGAGGUGUUUGUAUACGAUGGCAUCGGCAAUGCUCAUCUUUUCAGCAAAAGUAGCUGAUCUUCCCCAGAUAAUUGCUCUCGUGAAAGCAGCAGCGCCAGAAAAAAUGGUUGAUCCUCAUCUUUGCCUGAUGGAUGACUGCCAACUCGUAAAUACCUCUGUACUGUCAUUUAAUAGUGAGAUGGUUUAUGGUUCUGAGGAAGAUGAAAGUGAUGCACAGGCCUUUCUUUCAGCCAUAAACAAGGAUGAUACAGAGUUAAUAGAAAUUGUGAUGUCCCACUUUAGGCAGAAGUUUGAAAAUUUACCAGAGAAGUUUCACGGGAUAGAAGAACAACUUCAAGAGUUUUCCCUGGAUGAUUCAUUUCCUCUUGGUGCUCCGCUAUUCAUGGAGACACCACAUUCUUGUUCAAUGUAUGCAGAAAAGGAUGACCACUGUUUUGAUGAGGAUGUUGUUCCUUCUGAGCUAGAUGAUGACGAUGACAUCUUUUUUGAACAUAGUGGAUCUCAAUCCGACAGGAAAACAUCAGGUUCUAUGGCUUCAUCAGAUGUUCUAACCGUCAAUCAACUAAUACAAUCUGUUCAUGAUACAGCAAGGCAAGUUGCUAAUGUUCCAGUUUCUGCCAACCCUGUACCGUACGACCAAAUGAAGAGCCAGUGUGAAGCCCUGGUUAUGGAAAAGCAACAGAAGAUGUCUGUUCUCUUGAGCUUCAAGCAUUCGAGGGGCGACUCCCAUGGCUCAGCCGGGGUGGAUGGACUGGUAACCAAUGAGUCAUCUUUGCGGUCCGAGCCUGAGUUGCAAUCGACAAGGAAUGAGCGCAUGCGACGCAGUGAUUCGGCAUCUAGCGAAUCCGAUCGUUCGUUCAGGCUGCCACCUGCUAGCCCAUAUGACAAGUUCCUGAAAGCAGCUGGACGGUAGACUGGUGAUUGAGCCGAAGUUGGCACUUCAGUUUUCAAGCCUGUAUACAGAAAAAGCUGACAAGUUACAAGUCUCGCAAGUUAUUCCUUCGCACCGUUUUUUACUCCCGUUUCUGGGAACAUAUUCUCUCGAGUGUACAUUUUCUCGACAAGUUGUACAAAUUUCUUUACUGUCGAUGAAAACCAGAAUAAGUUAAGUGUAUAGGUAUCUGCAUGUUCAUGGAUCAUACUGCAUUUUUUCAUUUAUUUGUCGUGAAAAAAGAAAUGUCACAAUCUUGCCAUAUUAUUGUUGAAUCCUUGGUCGCGAGAAACAUCCACUUGCUUGAAUUGUCGCAACCGUAAAUGGGAAAAUUGACUAUA